GGUGUCAUCUUUGGGAAGGUGCUUGUUAUGCUUGAAGAAAUACACUUCAGACUUUGAUCAGAACAUGCUGGAGUGUACAGUGUGGAUGUGAGGAGAGUCACAAGAUUUCCUGUCAGGUGAAAGGCACACACAGUUUGUGAUGGCAGCACCCCAGACGCCACCACUGGCUUCUGUGUUGCUUCUUGCCUUCUUCGUUCUCCAUCCCUCCUCUUCCUUACCUCCCUGUCCACAAUCCUGCAUCUGUAAAAGCACUCUGCUGCUGAACUGCUCCUCGUCCAGUCUGUUCAUGGUGCCGCGAUUCCUCCAGUACUCUGUCGCUGAGCUGGACUUGUCUCACAACCUCCUCAGCUCUCUAGUGCUCCACCAGCCACAUCCCAACCUCAGGAAUGUGUGGCUAGGAAACAACAGCAUCACGUAUUUGUCUCUCUGCAUUGAGACAAAUCUUAAAGAUCCACAUCUUAGGCAUCACUUAAGAACUCAGAGCAGAAAUGGAUGCCAAGUGUGGGGCCCCGCCCUGCAGCUGCUAUCUGCUGAGAGGAAUCUGCUGGAGCAGCUGCCAGAGGGGCUGGGUGGUGUCAGGUCCUUAAAGGUCCUUCAGCUCUCAUUCAACAGGAUCUCAACUUUAAAACCAGGAGUACUUAGUCACCUCCGACAGUUGAAAGAGCUACACUUACAACAUAACCUCAUCACUCAUCUUUAUCCUCAGACGUUUCAGGAUUUAGACCAGCUCAGGGUUCUUGACCUGAGAUUCAACACGUUGGCAAGCCUUCAUCCUUUGAUGUAUCUCACUUUGAGCACCAUUGGAACAGAUGUUCAGCUGGAUGGAAACAGGUGGCAGUGUAACUGCAUGCGCAGUCUACAAAGAAGAAUGGCCUACGACAGCAGUAGAGGCUUGCAGGUUUGGAGCAUAGUGUGUGCGUUCCCCUCCAGGGUCUUAGGCAGGGAUCUUCUACAGCUGCAGGAGGAGGACUUUAAUUGUUUAGGCACUGAAAACCGUCAAGACCUCCAUCAAGAUGUGACCGUCUAUAGUGGCUCUGAGAUACUGCUGUCUUGUCAUGCUCAAGAUUCUGUGCUGUGGACUCCCAGUGGUAAAGGAUCUGUCAGCCAGCAAAAUGCUGGUCUGCUAAUCAGUGAUGUCUCAGAUAGCAACUCAGGACUAUAUGUGUGUGUGUCUGAGGAAAACCAAGUAGUCUCUGUUUUUAACCUCCAAAUCAGUAAAAGAGGAGGUGCAAGAAAAGCAAGAAGUUUACCAAAAUCCCAUAGCUCAAGUCCCCCACAAAACACUGUUAAUAGGGUGGGUGAAGUGAAAACACAGUAUACAGAGUCUGACUUGGCUCUGGCUGUGUGUCUGUCUGUUUUCAUCACAUUUCUGCUAGCUUUUAUUGUUGGAGUCCUGGCCAGACCUUUGAUUGAUAUGCUUUGUAAACGGAUUGCUAAGAAGAAAAGCCCUACUGCAACCUCUACUGAACAAAGACCGUAUGACAAUGAGGCCUUCUCCGAUGGUGAAGAACAAGAAGGCCCAGGACCAUUUAGAGAAAGGAGGGUCACAUUUAGCACUGUGGACUUCAUCGAAGACAGCAAUGAACAGUCUUAUGAUGUAGCCAGUGGUGAUCAGGAAAGAAUCAGUAGUGAUGCAGUGAUUAAGUGUGAAGGAGGUGAGGCUGAGCCGUAUGAUCAAACUGCGGGAGAUUCAGGAAGUGAACAUUUAUGUCAUAGAAGUUUGGAGAAUAAGCAGAGCUGUGACAGAGGAACAGGUGAUUCCAAUGAAAAAAGCAUCCACCACAAGGAGUUUGAACAUAUUCCUGACCGAUCUGAAUUAGAAGAGAGGAGAAGUAUGUCAUCGUGCUCAGAUUCAUCUUUUUCCGAAAAAAUCAGAAGACCAACUUAUGUGGGGCGCAAUUCUCCUCAACUGGCAGAAGACUCAGUUCAGCAGAGAGCUGAUUUCUCUACAAAAACAGAGGUCACACAAAUUUCUAUGGAGGGAAAAAAUGAAAUUAUUGGAAUUUCUUCUGGACCUUCUCUACACACAAAAGUAAAAAAAUCACUAGACUCUGACAAUGAAGACUGUGACAAUGAAGAACUUUUUGAAUUCAGUGACUCAGCUGAAAGUCCGUCUGUUGGUUCCAGGGUGUUCGAUUCUUAUAAUAAUUUACAACAAAGUCAAGAAUCUACUUCUGACAAGCAGAAAAUGGAAGACAUGUCUAGCUCUAGUUCCUACAUCAGUGAAGAUGAACCUACACAUUAUAAUGUAAAUUCUGACCGAGACAUUGACCAGGGUGGUAAUUAUGAUUCGUCUUCUAGCAGUGACAGUGAAAAUGAAACAAUAUGCUACAUGAAGCAACAGGGGAGGGAUGAGGUGCACAUGACAAGACCACCAAGUAAAGAAUCUCAAACUGUGACAAAUGUUCCUGAAAACCAGUGGCCUAGUGUUAUUCUUGGGCAAAAAAUAAGAAUAAAGAGACGUCUGGAUAUCAAAGCUCCAUCACAAAGUUCAGAUUCAUCUUCUAGUAAUGAAAAUGGUGAUGACGCUAAAAGCUGCAUGAAAAAACAAGAGCAAGAAGUGUUACACAUGUCAAGGCCUCCAAUUAAAGUCUCUCAAACAGUAAAACAAGAAAACCAAUGGCCCACUGUUGACUUUGGAAAAGUAACACGAUUCAAGAGGUGUCUGGAUGUUAAAGCGCCCUCCAUGAGUUCUGAUUCAUCUUCUAGUAGUGACAGUGAGGACAGUGCAAAAGGCUACAUAAAAGAAUUGGGGCAAGAAGAGGCGCACAUGACAAGAACUCCAAGUAAAGCAUCUCAAACAGUGACAAAAAUGCCCAAAAACCAGUGGCCUACUGUUGAUCUUGGGCAAAAAAGAAGAAUCAAGAGACGUCUGAAUAUCAAAGCUCCAUCACAAAGUUCUGAUUCUAUUUCUAGCAGCAACAGUGAGGAUGAGACAACAGACAAUGUAAAGAAACAGGAACAGGCAGAAGUACACAUGUCAAGGCAUUCAAUUAAUGUACCUCAAACAGUGAUAAUUGAGCCAGGAAAUCAAUGGCCUAUUGUAAAUUUGGAGCAACUAACACAAGUCAAGAGACGUAUCGAUAUUAAGGCAUCAUCACAAAGUUAUGAUUCAUCAUCCAAUAAAGACGGAGGUGGUGAAGCAAAAGGCCAUGUAGUGAAACAGGAGCAAGAGAAGGUACAUAUGUCAAGGCCUCCAAUUAAAGUAUCUCAAAUGGUGACAGAGUUGUCAGAAAACCAGUGGCCUUCUGUUGACCUUGUGCAAGUUACACAAAUCAAAAGACAUCUUGCUUUUAAAGCACCAUCACCAAGAUUUGAUUUAUCUCCUAAUAGUGAAAGCGAAAAUGAGACAACAGGCCCCAUUCAGAAACAGGGGCAGGAAGACGUAUACAUCUCUCGGCAUCCAGGUAAACUAUCUCAAACAAUGGCAAAGGAAAACCCAGAAAACCAGUGGCCAACAGUUGCUCUUGGGCGAAUAAUGAUCAAGAGACGCCUCGAUAUCAAAGCACCAAGACCAAUUGCUGAUUCAUCUUCUGGUAGUGACAGUGAGGAUGAGAUAACAGGCCACAUACAGAAGAAGGGGGAUGAAGAGGUGCACAUCUCACAGCCUCCAGUUAAGAUAUCUGAUACUGUGACUGGGGAACCAUAUAGCAAGUGGCCUACAGUUGAUUUUGGACGACUACCACAAAUAAAAAGACGUCUGGAUAUCAAAGGACCAUCACAAGGUUUGGAUUCUUCUUCAAGCAGAGAGAGUAAGGAUGAAACCAAAUCCCUGAUACUGAAACAGGAGCAUGAUGAGGUACAGAUUACAAACCCUCCAAUAAAAGUGUCUCAGUGUCAAACAUUAACAAAGGUUCUAGAAAAGCAGUGGCCUGUUGUUGACAUUGAACAAAUAACACAAAUAAAAAGACGUCUUGAUUUUAAAGGACCAUCACCAAGUUCUGGUUCAUCUUCUAAUAGUCACAACAAGGAUGAUACAAAAGGCUACAUAAAGGAACAAAAGGAAGAGGAGGUACACAUUUCAAGGUCUCCCAUUAAAGUGUCAAAGGUGCCAGAAAACUACUGGCCAACUGUUGGUCUAGAGCAAAUAAAGAUCAAGAGACGUCUAGAUAUCAAACCUCCAUCACAAAGUUCUGAUUCAUCUUCUAGUAAUGAAAGUGAUGAGGAAACAAAAAGCCACUCAAAAAAUCAAGAGCAAGAAGUGUUACAAAUGUCAAGGCCUCCAAUUAAAUUAUCACAAACAAUAACAAAUGUACCAGAAAACCAAUGGCCUACUGUUCAUCUUGGACAAGUAACUCAAGUCAAAAGACGUCUGGAUUUUAAAGAACUAUCACAAAGUAGUGGUUUAUCUUCAAGUAGUCACACUGAUGAUGAAACAAAAGGCUGCACACAGAGGCUAGAGCAAGAGGAAGUACAUUUGCCAAGGUCUCCAAUUAAAGCAUCUCAAACAUUGACAAAGGUGCCAGAAAACCAAUGGCCAACUAUUGGUCUUGGGCAAAUAAAGAUCAAGAGACGUCUAGAUGUCAAAGCACCAUCAUCAAUUUCUAACCCAUCUUCGAGCAGUGACAAGGAAGAUGAAACAAAAAUCCACACACAUGGACAGGAUCAAGUGAGGGAACAAACGGUCUUGCCUCCAAUGAAAGUACCUCAAACAUUGGCAAAGAUUCCAGAAAAGAAAUGGCCAACUGUUGAUCUCGAACAAAUAACGCAAAUCAAAAGACGACUAGAUUUUAAAGGACCAUCCCUAAGUUCUGGUUCAUCUUCUAGCAGUCACAGCACGGAUGAAACAAAAGGCUACAUAAAGGAACAAAAGGAAGAGAAGGUACACAUUUCAAGGUCUCCAAUUAAAGUGUCUACAGUGACAAAGUUGCCAGAAAACUACUGGCCAACUGUUGGUUUAGAGCAAAUAAAGAUCAAGAGACGUCUAGAUAUCAAACCUCCAUCACAAAGUUCUGAUUCAUCUUCUAGUAAUGAAAGUGAUGAGGAAACAAAAAGCCACUCAAAAAAUCAAGAGCAAGAAGUGUUACAAAUGUCAAGGCCUCCAAUUAAAUUAUCACAAACAAUAACAAAUGUACCAGAAAACCAAUGGCCAACUAUUGGUCUUGGGCAAAUAAAGAUCAAGAGACGUCUAGAUGUCAAAGCACCAUCAUCAAUUUCUAACUCAUCUUCGAGCAGUGACAAGGAAGAUGAAACAAAAAUCCACACACAUGGACAGGAUCAAGUGAGGGAACAAACGGUCUUGCCUCCAAUGAAAGUACCUCAAACAUUGGCAAAGAUUCCAGAAAAGAAAUGGCCAACUGUUGAUCUCGAACAAAUAACGCAAAUCAAAAGACGACUAGAUUUUAAAGGACCAUCCCUAAUUUCUGGUUCAUCUUCUAGCAGUCACAUCAUGGAUGAAACAAAAGGCUACAUAAAGGAGCAAAAGGAAGAGGAGGUACACAUUUCAAGGUCUCCAAUUAAAGUGUCUACAGUGACAAAGUUGCCAGAAAACUACUGGCCAACUGUUGGUCUAGAGCAAAUAAAGAUCAAGAGACGUCUGGAUAUUAAAGCGCCAUUCCAAAGUUCUGAUUCAUCUUCCGUUAAUAAAAGUGAUAAUCAAACAAAAAGCCACUUAAAAAGUCAAGAGCAAGAAGUGUUACACAUGUCGAAACCUCCAAUUAAUGUCUCUCAAACAAUGACAAAGGUGCCAGAAAACCACUGGCCAGCUAUUGGUCUAGAGCAAAUAAAGAUUAGGAGACGUCUGGAUAUCAAAGCACCAACACAAUGUUCUGAUUCAUCUUUUACUAGUGACAAUGAGGAUGUAACAAAAACUCACAUAAAGACACAGGAGCAGAAGGAUCUUCACCAGCAAAGUUCUACAAUUAAAGUAUCUCAAACAGUGAUAAAAGUGCAUGAAAACCAAUGGCCUACUGUUGAUUUUGGGCAAGUAACUCAAAUCAAAAGGCGUUUAGAUUUCAAGGCACCAACACCAGGCUCUGAUUCAUCCUCUAGUAGUGAACAAGGGAUAGGCAUGAUAAUAUCUUCAAUAAAAGCAUCACAAUCAGUGACAAAGGUGUCAGAAAACCAGUGGCCUGUCGUGGAUCUUGAGGAUGUAACACAAAUUAAAAGGCGUUUAGACUUUAAAGCUCCACCACCUUGGUCACCCUCAUCCAGACGUGAAAGUGAAAAUGAGGACAAAGACCUCCAGGCUCGUGUAAAAAUGGAUUACUCUGCCUUAUCAACAACUUCAGAAAAUAAUGUUAAGUCCUUAGACGCUCCAGUAAUGAACAUUUUUCAUACUCCAAGGAAAGACUACAACAUUAAAUUAGAAAAGUAUUCAGUUAUUCCAGACCAUUUGGAGAACAAGCCAACAAAUGACACCAUAGAUGUAACACCAGAUAUUAACCCAGAGCUUCAGACCCGAUGGGCCACAAUGAAUCUUGGUAUUUCCCGCUUCAGAAAGCGUCUAGAAAUUACACCAUCAACAACAGAACCACACAGUCUGUCUUCACCAUACUCUGAACACUCUUCCAACACUGAAACAAGACCUGAAAGCAGACCAAGAUUACACAGAAAAAAUGUUGAGAUGCAGGGAAAAGACUCAUCCCCAGUGCUUGAAAACAAAGCACAGAAUGUUUCCAUCACUCUAAAAGAUCCAUAUCCCAAGUACACCUCCUUAGGUAAUAAGGAACCAAAUGUAACAGAAGGACAAAAGACCGAGCUUGACACCAUGUUAAGUGGUUUUGGUUCUCAACGCACUGAAAGGUAUGAAGAUAUCUGGGUUGGUGAAAAGGCUUCAACCACAACUUCACAACAGCAGCCUUAUACAUUUUCAAAAACUGACAUUAAGAGAAGUGUUCCUGACCUGAGUAUUGGUGUCCCACGCAUUCAAAGGCGACUGGAUAUUAAGGCUCCAUCCCUAGAGUCAAGUUAUGCUUCAUCUUUCAUCAAUAAAAGUGAAAAGAAUGUGAAGGAAUACAGCAAAAUGCAAAGCAGACAAAUAUCACCUGUACAGGAAACUACAGAUGACUCACUUAUCACUUAUAAACGUUCCAUCAUCAAACAAUCAUCGCCCCUUCCUUGGAACUCUUUCCCUCCAAGAGACAGGAGUCAAACAGCUUUUGUUACACUAGAGGAUGAUAGAAAUGCAUCUCUUGUCCCAAGGACUGGUAAGAGUGUGAGCUUUGAUCAUAUUGUAAAAAACAAGAUCAGACAGUCCAGAUCCAACACAGAUGAGGACUUGCCAGAUGAAAUUAGAUGGACUGGAGUUGGUCAUCACUUAUCUGACCUGUCAGAAGCCAGUCUGAAUGCAACUACAGUCGCACAGCCACAGUCUCCCCCACAUGGCAUCUCCAGCAGUACAAGUGUUGUUCACAAAAUGCAAGACAAUGGGAAAUCGGAUGUGACACUAAUGAGUAAACACUCAUCACCUGACACUAAAGGUGUUUCACACUCAUCCAGUGAUUCUCUCGACAUGUUUGGUGUUUCACCCCUCAGAGCAAAUGAGACAACAGAAACAGUAUCAGAAGACAGGCAAAACAGGGGCCUCGGUGCCCUGAAAGCCAUGUCACUGGAGAGAAAACUUUGGGAGACAGAUUAUGGUAAAAAUCCAUCAGCAUCAUCUGAUGGUCUACAAGAUGACACCAAAUUUGAUUAUGGCCUGUCAAAACGGGGCAUUGAUGUGCUACCGAAAGAACCAGUGGAACAUCUUCCUUCAGCUUCAGUGGAAAAGAGAAAAGAUGCAGAUUUGCUAUUGCUGUUAUAUGGAGUUCCACGCUACAAAGGGCAUGGAAUUAAAAACCUAUUGCAGGAGGCUCCACCUCCUCUUCCAGAAACCCCUCCUCCAGAUGACUGAGAAGGGCAAACACAAAAAUAACAAGGAUAGGUCUUAUUUUUCUAAGUAAAUUGCAGAAUUUGACACGUCUUUGCUUUUACAAAAACUGUUUGUGGAGAAGUUAAGAAUUUAUUUUUUAUGUGUCUACAUUUUUUUUGGUUCAGUUUUUAAGAUAACUUCUAAUUGCACAAGUUAAAGAUUAAAAGCUUUAACGGUCAUAUAAGAUCCAGCAGGUUUAAAAACAAUCAAGAUUUUAAUAACAUCUCUAAAUACUGUUAGAUUAUGCUGAUGUAAUUCAUCAGACCUCUACCACUUCCUCUCUUCACUCUGUUAAUAUUAUUUAUAACAGCUUAUGUCGUUCUGUAUUGCGUUGUCCAUUCCAAACUCAUCACUGUCAACACGUCUAUUCUGGCUUCCAGUUGGAGCUAGGCUGAAGUUUCACUGGUUGCUGUUUAUUUUCAAAUGUGUUCACUUUAAUUUCCCAUCAUAUUUAACCACUUUGCUAAUACCGUGCCACUCUUAUCACAUUAUUUGCAGAGCUGAUCAAAUUUCAUUGGUAAAACCCAGUUUAAAAAGGAGUCAGGGAAGCUGGCUUUUUCUGUCAGAGCUCCAGUGGACUGGAACAACUUACCAGCAGCUUUAAGGUCCAUCACAUCCUUUCGUUUGUUUAGAACUUUUGUAUAUCAACAUGUUAUGCCUAUUUGCAAUCGUCUUUAGAUUUAUUUUUUUUACACCCACGUUCUUUAUAUAUUCUUCUGUGCUUUUUAUAGAUUUUUAGGAAUGUUUCAGAUGUUUUAUAUAUAAAACAAAUAUGUUUUGGAUAUAUAUAAAGUGAUUAGCGUCUUGGAAUGGUCUUUUAUUAACUCUGUUAUCUUGCUUUCUGUUUAUUGUAUGGUUAGAGGACCCGUUCAAAAACCAGAUGGUACAUCUCUGGCGGUUUAAUUCUCUUAAAAAAUGAGUUCAUAAAUAAAUAAAAUGUAUACUUAUUUGAAUUAACAUUAGUAAUGAAUUAAGAUAUCGGCCAGUAAGUUAAUAAACCCUUUUAUUUUCGUGUAUAGACAUUGGUUAUAGUGAAAACAGACAUAUAGACAUUAAAUUGUUUACAUAAUAUACAGUUGGGACAAGGCUGUUCAUCCUCCUGCAUUUUUAUGGAAGAAUACCAAAACAACUAUGUCUACACAGUAUUUGGUAGCAAUCCAACAGCUGGUCUAAUCUGUUUUUGCUGAAGGAUGAUACUUCACAAUGACUGGAUUUUAAUGGACAAACGUCGCUAUUUGAAAUGUGCAUUUGUGUGAAUAAUGGCAAACCAAAUAUUUUAUGUACUUUAAAUAAAAUAAUUCAUCACACGGUCUGCAGCCUGUUGGGGUUUAAAAUGUGUGUAAAGAUGCAGAAUAUGGGAUAAAUGCAGGAGGGAACUCUCGCUCCAUCAUGAGGUUACAGGUGUGUUCCAGGUCUUAGACACAAUUGUGUUUUUCUCAUUAGAAAAAUAAACUAACAUGGUUGUGUAUGCCAAAGCAAGCACAAAACAUGUGCACGAAUAACUGUACAAAACAAAAACAUGUUUGAAAAAAUGUUUUUGAGCAAUCUCAUCCAUUUGCUGUUCUCUGCUGGAGCAUGCAUGCAAAUAGUAAAUCUUCUGACAGUUCAGCAUUACGUCACAGUCAAGGACAAAAAAAUUUAUACAAGUACAUUACACUAGGCAAACAGAACAGCAUAGCAUCAUUACACACAGAACAGCAUAGCAUCAUUACACAGCUCCAAACUGUCAGUGUCCACUGUUUACAUCCUACAGGUGGUACAAAAAUACUUUGAGCAGAAAUAACUCACAAGCCUACUAGGAUGUUGCUCUCGGAGGGUGCAUGGUGUUCCACUGUAGUUACCGUAUAUUAACACUGUCAGUUUUGGGAGAGAUGCUACUGGUAAAAGGAGACCAGAAAGUGGACUAGGGAAGACAAAAAGAUGCCAUAUACUGAGACUAAAUAGACACUGUCUAGCUCUAUGCUAAUUCAUAACACAGCCUAAACAGUCUGGAUUCAUCCUGAAAUAUUACCUGACCAAGUGUGUGUGUGUGUGUGUGUGUGUGUGUGUGUGUGUGUGUGUGUGUGUGUGUGUGUGUGUGUGUGUGUGUGUGUGUGUGUGUGAG